AGGCGGGCCGCGCACGACGACGUCUGGGGAACGCGCGCGCCUCCGCGGGGCCAGGCCGAGCGUCGCUGCUGCUGGUGGCGUCUGAGGCUGAAGGCUUGGCGAGAAGGGUUUGCGGCGGCGUGUCGGGCUGUUGGUAUCGUGGCUGCCGAGGCCACCCGCUCCUGGUCAUGAGAGAAGAAAGAGUCCUGAAGCAGAGACAUCUUAGAGAAAAACUAUUUCAGGGCCAUGCAAGCCAGCUGUAGUCAACUGCAUGAUCCUCCAGGCACCGCAAGUGAUGAUGCUCCAGCCUCCCAGUGUGUUCACCCAUCAAGAUCGACAGAAGGGUCUUCUUUUCAUCCUGGAGACAUACAUAUCCAAAUAAACUCCGGACCUAAGGAGCGUCCUGAAAAUCCGAGCUCUAGAAAUUCAAGGUCAGGUGCCUGCAGCUGUGCCCACGGGUGUGCACAUACUCGCUUCCGGAGUCACUCCCACAGUGAAGCAAGGCCUCCUGAGGACUUUGCCACAGAAUCUGGAGAACAUGGAAGUGGCUCCUUCUCAGAGUUCCGCUAUCUCUUCAAGUGGCUGCAAAAAAGUCUUCCUUAUAUUUUGAUUCUGGGUAUUAAACUUGUUAUGCAGCAUAUAACAGGAAUUUCUCUUGGAAUUGGGCUGCUAACAACUUUUAUGUAUGCAAACAAAAGCAUUGUAAAUCAGGUUUUUCUAAGAGAACGGUCAUCAAAGGUUCAGUGUGCUUGGUUACUGGUGUUCCUGGCAGGUUCAUCUAUUCUUUUAUAUUACACCUUUCAUUCUGAAUCACUUUAUUACAGCUUAAUUUUCUUAAAUCCUACACUGGAUCAGUUGAGCUUUUGGGAAGUUCUUUGGAUUGUUGGAAUUACAGACUUCAUUCUAAAAUUCUUCUUCAUGGGUUUAAAAUGCCUAAUUUUAUUGGUGCCUUCUUUCAUCAUGCCUUUUAAAUCAAAGGGUUAUUGGUACAUGCUUUUAGAAGAAUUAUGUCAGUGUUACCGAAUUUUUGUCCCCAUACCAGUUUGGUUUCGGUACCUUAUAAGCUAUGGGGAGUUUGGUAAUGUAACUAGAUGGAGUCUUGGGAUAUUGCUGGCUUUACUCUACCUCAUACUAAAACUUUUGGAUUUUUUUGGACACUUGAGAACUUUCAGACAGGUUUUGCGAGUAUUUUUUACACGACCAAGUUAUGGAGUGCCUGCUAGCAAGAGACAGUGUUCAGAUGCGGAUGGUAUUUGUUCAAUAUGUCAAGCUGAAUUUCAGAAGCCAGUUCUUCUCAUUUGUCAGCAUAUAUUCUGUGAAGAAUGCAUUACCUUAUGGUUUAACAGAGAGAAAACUUGUCCACUGUGCAGAACUGUGAUUUCAGAUCGUAUAAACAAAUGGAAAGACGGAGCCACUUCAUUGCACCUUCAGAUAUACUAAGUUGUACAAACCGUUAAGGCCACAAAAACAUUAAUUUUAUCUGGUUAUGGUAACUAUUGAUAAAGGCAUCAGAAUUGAUUUCCAGGAGUAGAAAAAAUGUUUCCAGAUGGUUUUAAGGUAUUAAGAGACAUGUUUGUAGUUCAAUUUCUUAAAGAUUAAGUGCAAGAGCCAUGUGUUUUUGAAGUAUAUAUUAAACUUAAAAAGUAUAUAAAUUUAUUCCACUUAUUUGACAGAUAAUUGCAGUGUUAAAUUAGAAAUGGUUUUUCUUGUUAAUAAUACCAAAACAGCAAUUAGCAACUAGAACUAGCCACUUUAAAGGGGUGCAGGUACUGUUUUCUGACUUGGUUUUCAGAGUAAAGAUUUUGCCUAUUUUAAGAUACAUAGUAUAGUAUUUGAAACAAUUUUCAUCAGACUUUUAUAAUCCCCAUUCUAAAAAUGCUUAAAUUUUUCAUAAAUUUGUAUUUUUCAAUGAAAGUUCUAAAUGCUAUAUUUUACCUAUAACAAUCACAUUUUCUAAGUGAAGAUUUGAGGAUGAUAUAUUUUAAUACUGUAUUAUGCUUUAUGACAAGCAAUCAGUGAGAAUAAAUGAUUUAGAUUCAA